AUGAACGUCAAUUCUCAGAUUCCGCCGGCGGAGAUGUAUCCGUCCGACUUUGACACCGUAUCAACCUGGUACCAUAGGCGGACCCUGCAGUUCAGAGUGCCUCUGGACUAUACCAAUAAACGACCAGGGAAGCUUAUGCUGUCAGGCAAGAUGCGCUUCAAGGGAUCGCGCGAUCCCCGUCCUGGCCCCAAGGCAAUUGGCGUGGCCUUUGGUCUGCUCGUUGAGGACAAGACCAAGGGAGGAGGGCUUGAUCCAGACGAGACUCGUCCCUGCGAAGAAGCGACGGCUUUCCAGUUCUGGACUCCCGUAGGGACAGAUGAACUCCUCGAGAUUUUCGCAGCCGCGGCCGAGGCUGUCACAAAGGUCAUCGUCGACCUCCACCGUCACCCUGGAUUGGCUGCUGUGAGUCCAAAAAGAACAGAUUUGCAUACGGAAACACAACUAUGA